GUAACGUGUCUCGAAGGCAAUGGCCUUCAAACUUCUGACCCUGAAUUUUUGUGUUGAAGAUCAAACGAAAUCGUGAAAGAGCCAUUCUUUCAAGCUCCUUUUUUUGGUCUCCAUCGACCACACAGUUUAACUCACCGCCUCGACCAUGGAAGCUCUCAGCUCUCAACCCCUCGCCCUUCUCUCCAUCUUCUCUCCUAAACGAAAAGAUUUCCCGGCUAGAAUCAUCCGCUUUCCCACCCAUUCCAAAAAGGACGGUAACGAUUCCGAUAUCCAAUAUGAUCCUAACAACACAAGCAUCGUUCCUCUCGUCGGCAAUCAAACUUUCUCCCAGGAUGCAGCGAUGGGGUUGGUUCUAAGCGCGGCGUCUGUAAGAGGAUGGACAACAGGAUCGGGCAUGGAGGGUCCAUCUGUACCCGCCCGAACCGACGAUGACCAAUCUAAUACGGAGCAAGUUUCCACCUUUCCAUGGUCUCUCUUCACCAAGUCGCCACGUCGACGGAUGCGUGUGGCCUUCACUUGCAAUGUUUGCGGUCAACGAACCACUCGAGCCAUCAAUCCUCAUGCGUACACCGAUGGCACCGUAUUUGUUCAGUGUUGUGGAUGCAAUGUUUUCCACAAGCUGGUGGAUAAUUUGAAUCUGUUCCAUGGUAUGAAAUGCUAUGUCAACCCCAGCUUCAAUUAUAAAAGGGAUGGCCAAUGGGAUGUUGGAUUCAAGUUGUUCGAUGAAGAAGACGAUGGUGACGGUAAUGUGUUUGAUGGCUCAUAAAGCGUACAUUUCUUUGCUCAUACUGGGAAACUGAUUUCGGUCAUGUUUGUAUAUAGCUUUGCCCUUUGCCUGUGUUGGUGAAGUUAAUUACUUUAGACACUUUGUAUUUCCAGGGUAGUUGUAAAAAAAUAAAAAAUAAAAAACAAAACGCUCUUUAGCGUGAAAACACUAGUAACUCUGUGUAAAAUUUCCUCAAGGCUGUUUUGCCCGUAUGACGGUGCUAAACUGCUAAUUGACUGUUAAUAUAUUGAUAUUCAAUUGCGUGGA